AUGCCGCUUGAGUUCAUAAAGAGUGAAAAGGAUAAAGAUAGACUAUUGUUAAAUGGUUUUCUGUAUCAUCGUGAUAAAAAACAUGAAACAAACGGAAACAUUUAUUGGCGAUGCAUUGACUAUGGAGAAAAGCAUUGUCGUGGACGAGUCAUCACCAACGCUGACAAUGUUGUUAAAGAGGGUGUCCACAAUCACGGCGGUAAUGCAGCUUUUGUGAUGAAAGAAAAAAUCGUCCAGUCCCUCAAAGAUCGCGCAAAAUCGACAACGGAAAGUAAUCACGAGAUUGUUUCCCGUGCUGCUUCGGAAAUUCCCGACAGCGUUGUGGUGGAAAUGCCUUCGACUAGUUCACUAAAAAAAAUGUUACGGAACAAUCGUUCCAAUGAAAAUCAUCUCCCAAACCCGCCAAGUCGCGAAAGUUUGAUACUACCUCCUCAAUAUAGAGAAACUGAAAAAAAAGAAAAUUUCCUGAUUUGGGAUAAAGGAGCCGUCGAAGAUCGAAUAAUUAUUUUCGGAACAGAAGAAAAUCUGGACUUGUUGGCCACAGCUGAACAUUGGUUUGCCGAUGGUACUUUUGAUGCGUGUCCUACAUUGUUCUCACAAUUAUACACAAUCCACGCAAGAAUCGAAGACCGCAUCAUUCCAUUGAUUUUCGUACUGCUGUCUGGGAAAUCAACAUCAUUUUAUUGUGAGAUGCUGCGAGCUAUAAAAAAUGCCAAGCCCAAUUUGGAACCAUCAACGAUCCUUAUUGAUAUGGAACUAGCUGCUGCUCGAGCAUUCAAAGACGUUUUUCCAGAUAUUACAAACAGUAUAUCGGUCGCAUCGAUCGCAGAGGAAACCGUAGAUCCGGAAAGAUAG